AUGAUCAGCGACACGCCCGCCUGGAAGGCCCUGGCCGAGCACGCGGCCGAAAUCAAGGCCACGCACCUGCGCGAGCUGCUCGCCGACGACGCGCGCAACGCCGCCAUGCGCACGGAGCAGCAGGGCAUCUACCUCGACUUCUCGCGCCAGAACGCCACCUCCAAGACGCUGGACCUGCUCUUCGAGCUGGCCGAGACGGCCGAUCUCAAGAAGAAGCUGCAGGCCAUCGCCUCGGGCGAGCACGUGAACGCCACGGAGGACCGCGCCGUGAUGCACAUGGCCCUGCGCGCCCCCAAGACGGAGAAGAUCCUCGUAGACGGCCGCGACGUGGUCCCCGACGUGCACGCGGUGCUGGACGCCAUCCGCGCCUUCUCCGACAAGGUGCGCGGCGGCCAGUUCGUGGGCGCCACGGGCAAGCAGAUCAAGAACGUCAUCUCCAUCGGCAUCGGCGGCAGCUACCUCGGCCCCGAGUUCGUGUUCGAGGCGCUGCGCCAGGAGCCCGUGGCCAAGGCCGCCGCCGAGGGCCGCAGCCUCCGCUUCCUGGCCAACGUGGACCCCGUGGACGUGGCCCGCGCCACCGCCGGCCUAAACCCCGAGGAGACCCUCGUGGUGGUCGUGUCCAAGACGUUCACGACGGCCGAGACCAUGCUGAACGCCCGCACGCUGCGCAAGUGGCUCGUGGACGACCUCAAGCAGAAGGGCGCCAGCGAGGCAGACGCCGUGGCCAAGCACAUGGUGGCGGCCAGCUCGGCCGUGCCGCUCGUGCAGGAGUUCGGCAUCGACCGCGCCAACAUCUUCGGCUUCUGGGACUGGGUCGGCGGCCGCUACAGCGUCACGAGCGCCGUGGGCAUCCUGCCCCUGGCUCUGCAGUACGGCUUCGACAUCACCGAGAAGUUCCUCGCGGGCGCGCACGCCAUGGACAAGCACCUGCUCGAGGCCCCGCUGCGCAGCAACCUGCCGGUGAUCAUGGGCCUGCUCGGCGUGUGGAACUCGUCGUUCCUGGGCCACAGCUCGCGCGCGCUGCUGCCGUACUCGCAGGCGCUGCUGCGCUUCGCCGCCCACAUCCAGCAGGUGGACAUGGAGAGCAACGGCAAGCGCGUGACCGUGGAGGGCGUGGACCUCCCGUUCCAGGCCGGCGAGAUCAACUUCGGCGAGCCCGGCACGAACGGCCAGCACAGCUUCUACCAGCUCAUCCACCAGGGCCGCGUGGUGCCGUGCGACUUCCUGGGGUUCUGCGAGUCGCAGAACCCCGUGCAGCUCGCGGGCGAGCCCGUGUCCAACCACGACGAGCUCAUGUCCAACUUCUUCGCGCAGCCCGACGCGCUGGCCCGCGGCAAGUCCCUCGAGGACCUCAAGGCCGAGGGCGUGCCCGAGAACCUGCGCAACCACAAGCUCUUCCCAGGCAACCGCCCGUCGGUCUCGCUGCUGUUCAAGAAGCUGGACGCGUACUCGACCGGCCAGCUGCUGGCGCUGUACGAGCACCGCACGGUCGUGCAGGGCUCGAUCUGGGGCAUCAACAGCUUCGACCAGUGGGGCGUCGAGCUCGGCAAGGUGCUCGCCAAGCAGGUGCGCGCGCAGCUCAACGUCUCGCGCACGGAGAACGCCCCCGUCAAGGGCUUCAACAGCGCCACCACCAGCAUGCUGGAGGCCUACCUGGCGUACAAGGCCUAA